AUGGAAAACGUUUCGCUUUCAAGUUCUUCUUGGCGGAUUUGCGACUUCUGUCAAGAUAAAGAGGGAUUAGGUCCGAUAUCUAAGUAUGGGGACUUCACGCCUUGUUUCUUAGAUGGCGUACUAUUGAAUGCUACUUCUCUCCUCAUGCUCGCUUUUGGUCUGAAAGAAAUCGCGAGGCUGUGCCGUGGACCGCACCCCGGUAUAAAGUUCAGGAGGCAUUGGCUUCUAGCUUCAAGGAUGACAUUAGUUAUGUUCCAGAUCGUACUUGCGUGCAUAGCUAUAGGAAAGGCAGACAGUGAGCUUGAACAGCAGUGGGCGUCGGUUUCGCAGCGGAUUCUGGGCCUCGCCUCAUUAUGUGUCGCACUUCCCCUUCACUGGAUCGAGUACCACAGAUCUCGAGUCUCCAACGGCGUCUUGCUGUUCUUCUGGUUGUUCGAGGGACUUUUUACCCUUUUCAGGGCAGUUCAUUUCAAGAUUCUUCUUUCCUAUGAGGAAUUCCUGCCAGUAUCACAUGCGGGGUAUGUGUUGACGAUCUUCCAGUCGGUGACCAGCUUCUUCAUUUUAUUGCUUGAGGCAAAGUUCCAGAAGCCCCAGUUAGGGCUCGCUGACCUCUCUAGCUCAAGCAGACGCAAAAGAAACCCAUAUGACAGCGCCAACAUCUUUUCUAAGAUCUCGUUCUCGUGGAUGACACAGCUAAUGAAAACUGGUUAUGAGAAGUAUCUAACAGAGACAGAUCUUUACAACCUUCCAGCGGAAUUUGGUAGUGCAGAUAUCUCUAGAAAGUUCGGUCAACAUUGGGACUAUGAGGUCAAACACAGAGCCAAGCCUUCCCUAGCUUGGGCGAUGUGCGUCACCUUCGGAGGGAAAAUGAUAGUUGGAGCCUGUUUCAAAGCGCUCUACGACAUUCUGGCUUUCACGCAGCCUCAACUGCUCAAAUCCUUGAUCAAGUUUGUUACCGAUUACACAGACCAGAACGCCUUCUCUCAAGUUCCAAUUGUGAAGGGUUUCAUGUUAUCUAUUGGUAUGUUUUUGGUGAGCGUAUUUCAGACAUCUCUCCUCCACCAAUACUUUUUGCGUGCUUUUGACACGGGUAUGAAUGCUAAAAGUGGCUUAACUUCAGUUAUCUACCAAAAAGCGCUUGUCUUGUCGAAUGAAGCAUCAUCUGCGUCUUCAACGGGGGACAUCGUUAACCUAAUGAGCGUUGAUGUUCAGCGUAUCCAGGACUUGACACAGUGGGGCCAAAUCAUCUGGUCUGGCCCUUUCCAACUGAUCUUGUGUCUUGUCUCCCUUUAUAAGCUGUUGGGAAAUUCAAUGUGGAUUGGUGUUAUUAUAAUGGUGAUCACUAUUCCUGCAAAUUCUCUGAUUAUGAGAUAUCAAAAGAAGCUACAGAAAGUUCAAAUGAAAUACAAGGAUGGAAGAACUCGCUUGAUUAGUGAAAUUCUCAAUAACAUUAAGUCCUUGAAGCUCUACGCCUGGGAAGAGCCUUACAGAAAGAAGCUUGACUAUGUGCGGAACGAAAAAGAGUUGAAGAAUCUUAGGAGAAUGGGAAUCACGAAUGCCUGUGCUAGUUUCCAAUUCAACGUUAUUCCUUUCCUUGUUUCCUGUUCAACUUUUGGUGUUUUUAUUUGGACCCAGGACGCGCCCCUGACAACAGAUCUGGUUUUUCCAGCAUUAACGCUCUUUAACUUGCUUGCUUUUCCACUUGCCGUGAUCCCUACAGCAAUUACUGCUUUUGUUGAAGCAUCUGUGUCUAUCACCCGUCUUCAGUCUUUCUUAACAAACGAAGAACUUCAGAGAGAUUCUGUUCAGCGCAAAUCCAAAGUCACGAAAAAGGGGGAAGUGGCUGUCAAUGUUGGUGCCGAUGCUACUUUCCUGUGGCAGCGGAAGCCUGAGUACAAAGUUGCUCUGAAAAACAUUAACUUUGCCGCGAAGAAGGGAAAAUUGACUUGUGUUGUGGGAAAAGUUGGUAGUGGUAAGAGCGCUUUGAUCCAAGCAAUUUUGGGCGAUCUCUUUAGAGUAAAAGGAUUUGCGAGCGUUCAUGGUAGCAUUGCCUAUGUUUCGCAAGUACCCUGGAUAAUGAAUGGGACCGUAAAAGAUAAUAUCCUUUUUGGCCAUAAAUAUGAUGAGAGCUUUUACACCAUGACUUUGAAGGCCUGUGCUUUAAUUGUUGAUUUAGCAGUCUUACCAAAGGGUGACCAAACCCUUGUUGGAGAGAAAGGCAUUUCCUUGUCCGGAGGACAGAAAGCGCGGUUAUCUCUUGCGAGGGCAGUUUACGCGAGAGCGGACACUUACUUGUUGGACGAUCCAUUGGCAGCAGUUGAUGAGCAUGUUACAAAGCAUCUUGUUGAGCAUGUCCUGGGCCCCAACGGCCUUUUGGCUUCUAAAACAAAGGUCUUGGCAACCAACAAAAUUACGGUGUUGUCUAUAGCAGACCAUAUCGCUUUGUUGGAGAACGGUGAAAUUAUACAACAAGGUUCCUAUGAUGAUGUUACUAGCGCCAAAUCCUCGGCUCUGUCCAAGAUUAUAAGCACAUUUGGCAAAAAACCAGAAAAAAGUAAAACCGGUGAAAACACUGUCGCAACAACCCCGGAGCUUGGCGCUAUUGCUGGGAGUGAGAUUGAUCUAAAGAAGCUUGAUGACAAGCUUAUUCAAGAGGACACGCGCAGUCUGCGUAGAGCUAGUGAUGCAACCCUAAGAAGCUUGGGGUUCGACGACGAGGAGCAGCCAUCAUUAAGGGAACAUCGCGAGCAGGGUAAAGUCAAAUGGGAUGUUUACAUGGAGUAUGCGAAAGCUUGCAACCCAAAGCAUGUCCUAUUGUUUUUGGCUUUCGUUGUGCUCUCCAUGUUUUUAUCUGUUAUGAGCAGCGUGUGGUUGAAGCACUGGUCCGAAGUCAACACGAAAUACGGUUUUAACCCAAAUUCCUCCAAGUAUCUUACAGUGCUGUUUUUGUUAGGUGUGGGGUCUGCGAUUUCAACGUUGAUCCAGACGGUUAUUCUUUGGGUCUAUUGCACCAUCCAUGGUUCCAGAUACCUGCAUAAUAUUAUGGCAGAUGCUGUUUUUAAGGCACCAAUGUCUUUCUUCGAAACAACACCUAUCGGAAGGAUUUUGAACAGAUUUUCAAACGACAUUUUCAAGGUGGAUGAGCUUCUUGGAAGGACUUUUGCCCAGUUUUUCGUUAAUGCUAUCAAGGUUUCUUUCACAAUCAUUGUCAUUUGCUUCUCAACCUGGCAAUUUAUUCUUGUAAUUUUGCCUAUGGGUACCUUGUACAUUUACUACCAGCAAUAUUACUUGAGGACCUCGCGAGAAUUGAGGCGCUUAGACUCGGUGACACGGUCUCCAAUUUAUGCGCACUUCCAAGAAACUUUGGGAGGGAUUAGCACUAUCAGAGGGUACAAUCAGCAGAAGAGAUUUGUCCAUAUCAAUCAAGCUCGCGUUGAUAACAACAUGAGCGCCUACUACCCCUCAGUCAAUGCUAACCGCUGGCUCGCUUUUAGGCUUGAAUUUAUUGGCUCCGUGAUUAUAUUGGCUGCUUCUUCAUUGUCAGUCCUUCGUCUGAAGCAAGGCGCCUUGACUCCAGGAAUGAUCGGUUUAUCUGUAAGCUAUGCGCUUCAAAUCACGCAGUCUCUGAACUGGAUUGUGCGGAUGACAGUUGAAGUUGAGACCAAUAUCGUUUCGGUUGAAAGAAUAAAAGAAUAUGCGAACCUGGAGUCAGAAGCGCCUGCGGUUAUAGAAUCUAAUAGACCAUCAGAGGACUGGCCUUCACAGGGUUCAAUCAAAUUUGAGAACUACUCUGCUCGCUACAGACCCGAGCUAGAAUUGAGCUUGAAGGAUAUCAACCUUGACAUUAAGCCGCAGGAGAGAAUUGGUAUUGUUGGUCGUACCGGCGCCGGCAAGUCUUCUUUGACCCUUGCUUUGUUCCGUAUAAUCGAGGCCGCGAGUGGUAGGAUCUACAUUGAUGGUCUACCUAUUGACAGUAUUGGACUAAGGGACCUGAGACAUCAUCUUUCUAUCAUUCCUCAAGACUCACAAUUAUUUGAGGGUACGAUAAGAGAAAACAUUGACCCCACGAACGAGUACACAGACGAGCAGAUAUGGCGAGCCUUAGAGCUUUCGCACUUGAAAGAUCAUGUCAAAGGUCUAGGAAAAGAAGAGCUUGACGCACCCUUGACAGAGGGCGGUAGCAAUCUGUCAGUUGGGCAGAGGCAGCUAAUGUGCCUGGCUAGAGCACUUUUGAUUCCAUCGAAGAUUUUAGUGUUGGACGAAGCUACCGCUGCAGUGGACGUGGAAACCGACCAAGUCAUUCAAGAGACGAUCAGAACCGCCUUCAAGAACCGCACAAUUUUGACAAUUGCACACAGAAUUAAUACUAUUUUGGAUAGCGACCGGAUCCUUGUGCUGGAUAGCGGCAAGGUGGCGGAGUUUGACACGCCUGAUAAUUUACUCAAGAACCCGGAGAGUUUGUUUUACUCCCUCUGCUAUGAGGCGGGCGUUUUGAAGAACUGA